GCCUGGUGCGAAAGGUCUAUUAAUGGGAUACUUUUCAAAGAAAAUCCUGAAGCAUAAUAAGUUUUUCGCUUCCGAUACAAGAACUUUUUUCGAUACCUACUUGGAUCGUAGCAAAAAGUAUCGAGUACAAAAAUACUUAAUAAAUUGAGAAAAGUGCCUAGUAUGUACUUGGAUUUACUUGUAUCGAUUUAUCCCUGCAUACCUAUAUAUCCCUAGACAAAGGUGGAAAUUUAUUUAUACAUAAUUGAAAAAGCAUUCCAAUCAUUAGACGAAUUCAAUUUAGAAAUAUGACUAUUUUAACUAAACCGUCAAAUGAAAAAACAGCAGAAAAGCUUGCUCUACCGUUGAAUUUAGGUAGACACGAUGAUACAUCAUUGAAUGGAGGCGUAGCAGACUCGACUCUUUUGAGCCAAUCGCCCUACCACGGUUACGUUGAUCGCGAAUCGAUGGUUUACAAUCGCCCGCCUGGAUACUGCAUGAAGACAGUGUUGUUAUUCUUCAUCGCUGUUGUGGUCAUGCUGAUGGGCCUUCUUGGUGGCUACACCCUGUAUCGCACAUAUUUACCUACUGCUUCGAAUUUACACUACCAUGCACUUUGCGACAUUCCAUACAUGCCGACUGGAAAUUUAAGUGUGCCACGUCUGUACGAACAAAACGAUGAAUUGGACUGGCGUAAUCUGUUCUCACAUCUUACAAAGUUCAAUGGUUACAAUGCGUUGGAUGAUGAUUAUUUCCGUGAAGAAAUCGAGUUGGAUAUGAGCGAUAAUGAAAGCUACGCUAAGAUUGAUGUGCCCGAUUUUAAGAAUGGACGUCGAGGACGUUUUAUGCAUGAUUUCAAGGAAAAUCAGUCGGCGAUCAUUGAUACUACAGCAAACCGUUGUUACAUUAUGCCACUGGAUCGCGGCACAACAUUACCACCGAAGAGUUUUGUCGAUUUAAUGCAAAAGAUGGGUUCGGGCUAUUACAACAUAGAUACUGAUCGCGUUCGUCGCAACAUGCGUGUUGUCACUCCCUCUAUUACUGAUCUUUCAACGAUCUCUGAACGAAUCGCUAACGAAUGUUAUGACAUGAAAGUUUAUAUGCUUGAAAACUACGUGUCCGGAGUAUUCAAACGCGAAGUUAAAUCUGUGGCGGAUUCUGGCAAGUUUGCGGAAUUUAUGGGCAAAGGUGUCGUCGAAUUCCAUUUGAUAAAUAUAGAUGAUAUAGAGCAGUUUGAAAAGAAGCAGCAGUAAAGGAAAUGAACUUAAUUAAUUUCAGUGCUCGCGGACAUAGCAUGCAGUUGAGUUUAUGAUUGUAAAACUUGAUGUUGCUGGAUUUACUAAUCAGCUAUUUUUAAAUCUAAUAAUUGAAGCAUCAAAUAUUUGUUCGUAGGCUUGCAUAGUCAAUGACGUGAUGCAAUGUCUACCUUGCUUUAGAAAAUUAUUGGGGAAACAUUUUCUUAGUUUUCAUAAAUUUUACUGUAUUAUUCGCAGCUUUUAUUAUUGUACGCAGAAUAAUUUUUAAAAUAAAUUUAAAACACUACUCCACAAAUUAUGUGAGAAUCGAAUGAACGUAAGAACAAAACAAAACAAUUUCUGCUAGUCUUGGGUCGCUGAAUACGAAAAUAAUACCCAUGUUUGUUUUACAAGAGAUAUUUGUGAGAUUUUUUUCAAAACCCAAAUAUCUCAUGAAAAAGUCAUCCGAUUAAGGUAAGCAGUUCCAAAGGUAUUGAUGUGUCCUUACCAAAUAUAUAUAAUUUGAGCAGAUGUAAGUAAAAAUGAUUAGUGUUGUCAGCAACCAAAGUCGAAAAAGUUAAAUUUCCAAUCAUUUUUGUAAAGUAGUCAGUUUUAAUUGAUGAUUUUUGAUUAAACAUUUAUUUUAAGUAUUUUUUAAAUUCAAUUUUCGACCAAAAGUGUGAUUGUGUCAAAACCAUUUGAAAAAUAUUGGUAUUGUUCUCGUGUUCAGCGACCCGAAGUUAGCUUGGAAAAUUAUCUUUUAAGACAGGUUAAUUUUCCGUGUAAACUAGUGAAAUAUUAGUUAAAACAUGCAUAAAGUUAGCAAUCGACCAUGGUCACCAAAAUAUAAAAAAGAAAUAUCGUUGUAAAAAUUAAACACGAACACGUUCCAAAUCCUAAAAUAGCAAUUAUUGUGCAUAUGAAACCAUUGUGUACCUAAACUUAAAUUAAUUGUGGAAAAUAAUAAAAUCGUGUUAGAUCCAUUCCAGCGAAGAUGACACCACAGGUAAAAAAAUAAAUUA